AUGCUUCGAUACCGGUUCGUGUUCAGCUUCAAGAUUUGGCAUCGACUGGUGAUAUUCACGGCAACUCUUUGUAUCCUAUGUGUGAUAAUCUUCGAGGAGCUUCACUAUUUGGAAUCACAUCCACGGACACUUGUCCCUGUAAACAAAAACAUGGCCAGGCCGAGAUGUGACAUGGAACUUGAAAUCGGCCCAAUGUGCCCUAAGCUUUACACCGACCUGGGAGGUCUGUGUGAGAUGGGUAGCACAGGUAUCCUAUGUCCUGAUAUUCGCCAUAAAGCGAACACUCCAUUGAGGCAAUCCCAGUUAGUGAUGACCAGAAUGCUACGAAUAUUUCAUCUUUUGGCCACAAAACACCGCAUCCGCUAUUGGCUAUCUUUCGGAACACUUUUAGGGGCUGCCAGACACAAGGGUUUUAUUCCCUGGGAUCAUGACGUCGAUAUAGAAAUGCCUUUGGAGGACUACAUCAAAUUCUUUAAAGUAGCAAGCAGAGAUCUUCCGGAUGAUAUUUUUUUCCAGAAUUCCUUUACAGACACUAACUUACUGUCUAAUAGGCCUCGAGACGUAGUUUCUCCGAUUCACCCAGAAAUUGGUUAUUAUUUAAGUCCAAUGAACCAUCGCCUAAGAGAUAAGGCAAGUUGUUAUGGUUAUUGCCUUUUGUACGAUUGCAAGUGGCAUGACGGACUCAUGAUCGAUUUGUUUGUCAGUGAAAAAAGGAGUGAAGACGUUUUUCCACUUAAGGAAAUGGAAUUUGAAGGCUUCGUGUUUCCAGUUCCAAAAUGCUGGAAAGCAAAUUUAGAGGAAAAUUAUGGAGACGAUGUGCUUAAAAUACCCGAGGAAGCAGAGAAUCGAAAACCCGCUCUAAGGCCAUAUCCAAUGAAGACGUGUAAGAGGCUGGCCCAAGAGACUGUUGAAUUUGAAUGAAGAAGUUACCUCUCGAGACUCAAUCUCGUACCCAGAUCAUACCGUGUAAUUGAAACGCUUGGCCGUGAAAAGUCUGGGUACGAGGCU